AGAGCUCUAGCUCAAGUCUCAAAAUCUGAGUCACAGACAGUCUGACUGCUACUCGGAAAUUUCCUAUUAAAAGAAUCCUGACCAUCACUCUUUAAAACCAGCGGUCAUUUGAACCCCGCUGUAUUUUUAUUGUCUUCCGGUAGUUUUUUUCUCUCUCGACGCGAACGUAACAAGCUACGACAGCGCUCACUGCCGGGUACGGUAGCACCUCCUCUCCACCUCCUGAGCUUUUGGCGUUACAGUAUGAGACAUUUACUGUGAGCUGAUAGCAUGCGCCUGCUGAGGCUCUCUGUGCUGCAGUUUGUGACAGAUAUGUUUCCUUGACCUAAAGUUCACAUCUUGACGAAGGCUUUCCUGCGAGUUGCUCACCUCACAUGACAAUGGCUUCCAAUAUAAUUGUGGAGCAGCAGUUUUCUCACAAAUUCACAGUGACUGUAGUUCGAGCUCAGAACGUCACCAAGGGAGCGCUGGGCGACCUGCUGGACACUCCAGACCCGUAUGUGGAGAUUUUCAUCCCGACGGCUCCUGAAAGCAGAAGGAGGACCAAGCACAUAGACAACGACAUCAAUCCAAAAUGGAACGAGACCUUUCAUUUCAUAUUAGACCCCAACCAGCACAACGUUCUGGAGUUAACAUUAAUGGAUGCCAACUACGUGAUGGAUGAGACGCUUGGGACAGCAUCCUUUGAAAUCUCCAAACUCAACGUGGGCCAGACAAAGACGGAGGUGUUCCUCAUUGGCAAAGCAACCAAAGUGCACUUAGAGAUGUCACUGGAGAUCUGUACAAACCUGGACCUGCGGUUCAGCCACACCCUUUGUGACAAGGAGAAGCAAUUUAGAGAAGCCCGUCGAGAAAAGGUGAUGCUCGGCAUCAAGAAGCUGCUACGCACUGAGGAUCCUUGUCACCCAGAAGAGGUGCCAGUGAUAGCCAUAGCCGGGUCAGGAGGCGGUUUCCGCGCCAUGGUGGGGUUUUCGGGCGUUAUGAAGGCCCUGUUUGAGUCCGGGGUCCUCGACUGUACCACAUAUAUUGCUGGCCUCUCUGGAUCCACCUGGUACAUGUCAACUCUCUACUCCAACCCUGACUUUCCAAAUAAGGGCCCGAAGGACAUCAACAGUGAGUUGAUGAAGAGAGUUAGCAGUAACCCACUUAGGCUGUUGAUGCCCCAGCACAUCACCCACUAUAUCCAGGCCCUGUGGACCAAAAAGGCCUCAGGACAGCCGGUUACUUUUGCAGAUAUCUUUGGUAUGCUCAUAGGAGAGACACUUAUACCCUCGAGAAUGGGCAUCAAGCUAAGCGACAUCCAGGAGAAAAUAAGCCAAGCCCAGUGUCCGCUUCCUCUUUUCACAUGUCUGCAUGUCAAACCGGAUGUUUCUGAGCUCAUGUUUGCAGACUGGGUGGAGUUUAGCCCGUAUGAAAUUGGGAUGGCAAAGUAUGGCACCUUCAUGACCCCUGACCUAUUUGGAAGCAAGUUCUUCAUGGGAACUGUUGUGAAGAAGUACGAGGAAAACCCUCUUCAUUUUCUGAUGGGUGUAUGGGGAAGUGCCUUCUCAAUUCUGUUCAACAGAGUGCUAGGGGUCAAGGACAGAGCUGGUGGCAGCACCAUGGAGGAGGAGUUAGAGCAGAUCAAACCACAGCACAUCGUUGGAGAAGACACCCUGGACGACGACGAGCCACGCAAAGGUGGGACAGAAAACCAGGAGGCAGAUGAGGAGUUUCAUCGCACCGCUCAGGCCAGCUGGGUUCAGCGUAUGUUCACGUCAGUCUUGGGCGACUCUGCUUUGUUCAACACAAGGGAGGGUCGUGCUGGAAAGGUGCAUAACUUCAUGUUGGGCCUGAACCUGAACACCAACAUGCCAUUCUCUCCAUUACUUGAGAUAACACACGCUAUGACACCUGAAGAGGAGGUGGAUGCUGUCACAGAUCCCGAUGAGUUCGAUCGAAUCUACGAGCCUCUGGAUGUGAAGAGCAAGAAGAUCCACAUAGUAGACAGCGGCCUGACCUACAACCUUCCCUACCCCCUCAUCCUGCGCUCGCAGCGCGGCGUCGACCUCAUCAUCUCCUUUGACUUUUCAGCUCGACCAAGUGACUCAAGCCCUCCGUUCAAGGAGCUUCUCCUCGCUGAGAAAUGGGCUAGAAUGAACAAGCUGCCAUUCCCCAAGAUCGACCCCAAAGUCUUUGACCGUGAAGGUCUGAAGGAAUGCUACGUCUUCAAACCAAAGAGCGGUGAAAAGAACUGCCCGACGGUCAUCCACUUUGUCCUCGUCAACAUCAACUUCAGGAAAUUCAAAGCGCCUGGCGUUCCCAGGGAGACUGAGAAGGAGAAGGAGCUGGCCGAUUUUGACAUUUUUGACGACACCGAGACACCGUACUCCACCUUCAACUUCCAAUACUCCAACGACGCUUUCAUCCAGCUUCAUGACCUGAUGGAGUUCAACACUCUCAACAACCUGGAGGUUAUUAAAGAAGCCAUCAAGGACUGCAUCGCGUCUCGUAAGGACAAUCCCUCGAGCGUCUCUCGUCCUUUCAACCUCAGUGAGAUCCCAAAAAAGAAGAUUCUCAAACGAGAUCAUCAAGGAAAGCCUGUGAAUCACCUUGGGAAUAAUAGCCAGUAGCUUCGGUCUAAGACUUCAGGGCUUUUGGGGGAUUAUGUUUUCACCUUAGAACGAAGCAUUUUCUUUUUGGAAAAUGCUCUCAUGCUGAUCUUUUCUUUGUGUAAUGGAGAUGCUUUUGAUUUGCUCUGGGUUUGAUAUGAUUUCUGAUAAAGGGCUACUGCAAGGAAGCUGGAUGUUACAUGAUAUGAUAUUAUUUCAUUCAUAUACAGCUUUCACCUGGGCUUACGUGCACUAUAGUGACUGCUGGCCACAAACAGCUGAUAGGUGCUUUCCCUGCAGGCUGUGAGAGACAGACUAGAAAAUGAACCAAACAGUGCAAUGUGAGUGAAUUGGUUCCAUAUCCACUGAGCAACCCAAACUACAAUUUUGUUUAUUGUGCCUGUUUUAAACUCACAUGCUCAUUCACUUCACUUCACUUACAUUUUCUUGCAACAUUCCCAAAUGUCGGUGAGGAGACUGCAUUUGGAUCUCAGAGCCGUGUGUGGACGUUUCUAAACACUGAGCUGUGUGAACGGACACAUUGCAGGAAGCCGUUCCUGCACUGCGUCUUUUUGUGAGCUGAGCUCUUUCCACACUGAACGUGUGACAACAGAGCAUGCAAAUCACCUCUUUUUUUUUAUUACCGGAUGGCUUGUCUAAACAUGCAGGCUUGUUUGAAAACAUGGAUGGGGAUAUUAUCGGUAACCAUUGGUUUUGUUUGAUGGCAACUUCUAAACACUCCAAGUGCACCCCCCUCUGGAUACCUCAAACAUCCCAGUGAUGUUUACCCACCUACAGCGUAGGAGCACUCCCUGCUCCCCUCUAGGGAGUGGCUCAUAUUAAAGCCAUUUUGGAAAAACAAAACUGGAUGCCAUGGAAACGGCCCUGCUCCUUCUCUCAUCCGGUUCUGUGUCCUGACUCCAUGGUUUCAGGGUGCUUUUUCUUUUUAAACACAGUGUUUGUCCCCCCGCCUCCCAACAAACCCAGCUUGCUGCCGGAUCUUUUCAACAGUGAGGUGCAGCUUAGGUCAAAGUGAGGGCGCGAUCACGAGACCUGCCCACAGCUGAAAGGUGUUCCCUAGUGGCAGCACCCAGUGGAAUUUUACACACUACACCUUCACCUGCAGCAGUGGAGGCCUGAAAUCAGACACACUACACCUACACCUGCAGGGGCCCAGAGGCUGCACGCGGAGCAGGGAAUUUUACACCGGACACUUCCGGCCCUCACGCUCUUACGUUUCAGCCGAGGUUGUUGGAAAGAAACCGAGAAAACAAAACAGUCGUUUGCAGUUUUGCUGCAAGAUGAAACCACGAAACUUUUGCAACAUGCUUUUUUUUAUUUUUAGCUGAUUUCUAUCAGGUGUUUUUUUUCCU